AUGGCCAAAUCUAUGAACUCAACUGACCCGUGUUCCAAGUUGAGGCAAAUUAAUCAAGUGCACAAGAAUAAGAAGACAUCCAACUCGCCAAAUCAUCUUAGUAUUCCUUCUUGCCGACAAUCUCGAUCGACUGUGAUCCAUGUGAUAAUCUUCAUCGUUGUUAUUGGUGCUUGUGGGUUUCUACUAUAUCCAUCUAUGAAGCUUGUGUUGUUCGAAACUGUAGAAAUUGUUGAAGUAAUUGUUUAUGUGAUGGAGAGGAGGCAGCCAAAGUUGAAGAAGCUGAAGGAUUUGAAGGACCAAAAACUACGUCGUUUUUGGUAA